AUGGCAGUAGGCAUGGCCACAUGGCUACCUUUUGCCCGGGCAGCUGCUGUGGGCUGGCUUCCCCUGGCCCAGCAGCCUCUGCCCCCAGCACCAAAGGUGAAGGCCUGCAGGGAUGAGGUUCUGGUGGUGAACGUGAGUGGGCGUUGCUUUGAGACUUGGAAGGACACGCUGGAUCACUAUCCAGAUACUCUACUGGGAAGUUCAGAGAAGGAGUUCUUCUACAAUGCUGAAUCAGGCGAGUACUUCUUUGAUCGAGACUCAGAUAUGUUCCGGCAUGUGCUGAAUUUCUACCGCACUGGUCGAUUGCACUGUCCACGGCAGGAGUGCAUCCAGGCCUUUGACGAAGAACUGGCCUUCUAUGGCCUGGUACCUGAACUUGUUGGUGACUGCUGUUUUGAAGAGUACGGGGAUCAUAAAAAGGAGAGUACUGAGCACCUGGCAGAGGAUGAGGAGGUUGAGCAGGUUAGGGAUAGGCCAGUACCACCAGCAGGCAGCUCCUUGCGGCAGCAGCUCUGGCUGGCCUUUGAGAACCCUCACACGAGUACCACAGCCCUGGUUUUCUACUAUGUGACUGGCUUUUUUAUUGCUAUAUCAGUCAUUGCCAACGUGGUGGAAAUUAUCCCAUGCCAAGGCCCUGCACGACAUUCCUCAAGGGAGCAGCCCUGUGGCGACCGCUUCCCAUUGGCCUUUUUCUGUAUGGGCACAGCUUGUGUGCUCAUAUUCACAGGUGAAUACUUCCUACAGCUGUUUGCUGCCCCUAGUCGUUGUCGCUUUCUACGGAGUGUCAUGAGUCUCAUUGAUGUGGUGGCCAUUUUGCCCUACUACAUUGGUCUUUUCAUGCCAAAGAAUGAAGAUGCCUCUGGUGCCUUCAUCACGUUAUGUGUGUUCCGGGUGUUUCACAUCUUUAAAUUCUCCCGGCAUUCACAAGGCCUGAGAAUUUGUCUGGGCUACACACUCAAGAGCUGUGCCUCUGAGCUGGGUUUUCUCCUCUUUUCCCUAACAAUGGCCAUCAUCAUCUUUGCCACUGUCAUGUUCUAUGCUGAGAAAGGCACAAACAAGACCAACUUUACAAGCAUCCCUGCAGCUUUCUGGUAUACCAUUGUCACCAUGACCACGCUUGGUUAUGGAGACAUGGUGCCCAGCACCAUUGCUGGCAAGAUUUUUGGAUCCAUUUGCUCACUCAGUGGUGUCUUGGUCAUUGCUCUACCAGUGCCAGUUAUUGUAUCCAACUUUAGCCGCAUCUACCACCAGAACCAACGUGCUGACAAGCGCAGAGUACAACAGAAGGUACGCUUAGCAAGGAUCCGAUUGGCAAAGAGUGGUACCACCAAUGCCUUUCUGGAGUACAAGCAGAAUGGGGGCUUUGAGGAUAGUGGCAGUGGGAAGGAACCAGCACUGUCUGUCAGGAACCAUUCUGCCUUUGAGCAGCAACAUCACCACUUACUGCACUGUUUAGAAGACAACACUUUUUCUUUCCUCUCCCCACAGUGCCAUGAGUUCACAGGAACUUUCAGUGAGGCCCUGGGAGCUGUCGCACUAGGUGGCCGCAACAGCCGCAGUACCUCCAUGUCCCUCCAGCCAGUGAGAACCAGUGAUCUGUUAUCUUCUUGCUGCCCUCACAGGGCCAAACACCAUGUCAUACGCCUUGCCAACUCUACUCUCUCAGUCAGACAUGGCAGUAUGCAGGAGCUGGACACACUGACUGGGCUUCAGAGGAGCCCUGCCCCUCAGAGCCGCUCAAGCCUCAAUGCCAAGCCACGUGAUACCCUCGACCUGCAUUGUGACAGCGGGGACUUUGUGGCAGCCAUUAUCAGUAUCCCUACCCCUCCUGCUAAUACUCCAGAAGAAAAUCAACCUUCCCCCACUGAUGGCAGCAGUGGCAGUGCCAGCAGCACCCUUAGGAACUACAGCCUGGGUACUCCGUGCCUUCUCUCUGAGACUGUCAAGCUCUCUUCCCUAUAA